GUCGUCGUUUCUUAGAUUCUAUGUUCUGCUAUUUCUAUGUUUCCCCACCAGCGCGUUCUUAUGACGUACAACAAAGUAACAAACAAGCUAACUAGGGCCGGUAGCUGCUUUUUUGAUUUCUUUAGGUGGUCUUGUUUGUUCGAGCACAAAUGGUUGACAUUCAGCAACAAUUAUCAAACCAAAGGGGGUCUACUUAUUUUCACUGACACAGUACUCGCUGUAGUUAUGGCUUUCCCCCAGCUUUCAAGAUCCCUUACUGGACUCCUUGUAGAUGCAUCGUCCAUAAUUCAUCAGAGGUUUUUUAGUGUGUCCACUGCUGCGGCAGCCAUUCAGAAAAUGACAAGAGUCCGAGUAGUGGACAACAGCUCUCUUGGAAAUACACCAUAUCACCGUUCACCAAGAGUGAUCCAUGUCUACACUAAGAAUGGCGUCGGGAAAGUUGGUGACAGAGUGUUGCUUGCCAUUAAAGGACAGAAGAAGAAAGCAUUAAUCGUUGGACACAAAAUGCCUGGAGAACGCAUGAGUCCACGCUUUGAUUCAAACAAUGUCGUUCUGAUUGAGGACAAUGGGAAUCCUACAGGAACAAGGAUUAAGGUUCCUAUGCCCACACAUCUACGGAAACUGGAUGGAGACUACUCUAAAUUGUUAGCAAUUGCUAGUUCAUUUGUUUGAUGACUGCAUCAUUCAGCUGUUGUUUUUCUUUUUUUUGUUUUUUUUAAAUAUAAACAGUAUACACUGUAUAUUUGAUGUCUGCUGGGGGGUAUAUGAACAUGUUAUGCUUGUUUGUAUUUGCUUUUUUUGUUCAGCAACCUUUAAAAGGAGCACACCCAGUCACAGUUAUUGUCUCUAUACAGUAUUCCAUUGUCACCUAAUGUAUGUAAUAGACUCGAGUCUUCGUCAACAUGUUUGACCUUAAAUGAGGCCUCUCUAUACUUACAAUAAAUAUAAACUUUACCAUGAA